AUGGUGCUUCUCGGCAGAGCCAUGGCUUCUUUCCGCUUGGCCCUCAUCCAGCUUCAGGUGUCUUCCAUCAAGUCAGAGAACCUCACUCGAGCCUGUGGCCUCAUCCGGGAGGCAUCGAAGCAAGGAGCCCAGAUAGUCUCCCUGCCUGAAUGCUUUAAUUCUCCAUAUGGCACAAAGUAUUUUCCUGAAUAUGCAGAGAAAAUUCCUGGUGACUCCACACAGAAGCUUUCUGAAGUGGCAAAGGAGUGCAGCAUGUAUGUCAUUGGAGGGUCCAUUCCUGAAGAGGAUGCUGGGAGGUUGUAUAACACCUGUGCUGUGUUCGGGCCUGACGGAGCUUUGCUGGUGAGGCACAGAAAGCUCCAUCUGUUUGACAUUGAUGUUCCUGGGAAAAUCACGUUUCAAGAAUCGGAAACAUUGAGUCCUGGUGAUAGUUUCUCUGUCUUUGAUACUCCUUACUGCAGGGUGGGCCUGGGCAUCUGCUACGACAUCCGCUUCGCAGAGCUGGCGCAGAUCUACGCACAGAGAGGCUGCCAGCUGCUGGUGUAUCCUGGAGCUUUUAAUCUGACCACCGGGCCAGCCCACUGGGAGUUGCUUCAGCGAGGCCGGGCUGUUGAUAAUCAGGUGUACGUGGCCACGGCAUCUCCUGCCCGGGACGAGAAAGCCUCCUAUGUUGCCUGGGGGCACAGCACCGUGGUGAGUCCUUGGGGGGAGGUCCUCGCCAAAGCUGGCGCUGAAGAAACGAUCGUGUAUGCAGAUAUAGACCUGAAGAAGUUGGCUGAAAUUCGCCAGCAAAUCCCCAUUUUUAGCCAGAAGCGAUCAGACCUCUAUGCAGUGGAGGCCAAAAAAUCCUGA